UUCAUUCCAUGGAUUUCGACCUCUUUUCCUCCAGUUCAUCGAUGGAGAAGCCCAAAAAGCUCCGUGCGGCGCUCCUCUCGAGCCCUGGCAUGGGCCACCUCAUCCCCGUCAUGGAGCUCGGCAAGUGCCUUGUCGCCAACCAUGGCUUCGAGGUCACCGUCUUUGUCAUCCCCUCCCAGGCCUCCCGUGCCGAGGCAGAGAUCAUCGACUCCGCCGUGACCCCCAAGCUCCUCGACAUCGUGGAGCUCCCUGCCCCCGACCUCACGGCUGCGGACCUUGGCCCGAAUGCCUCCAUGAUCACGAGGCUUGCGGCCAUGAUGCGCGAGGUGCGGCCGGCGUUCAGGUCUGCGCUGGCAGCCAUGGAGGCCACACCCGAUGUCCUCAUCGUGGACCUGUUCGGGACGGAGCAUCUGUGCAUGGGUGAUGAGUUGAGGAUCCCCAAGUACGUGUACGUCCCUUCCAACGCAUGGUUUCUUGCGCUGCUCCUACACUCACCGGCGCUGGACAAGGAAGUCAAAGGAGAGUAUGUGGACCAGACUGAACCACUCGAGAUCCCGGGUUGCAAGCCGGUCCGACCAGAGGACGUGGUGGACCCGAUGCUGGACCGAUCCAACCAGCAGUACCGCGGGUACAUCCGGCAGGCUGGCGAGAUCCCGAUGGGAGAUGGAAUCUUGUUGAAUGUGUGGGAGGAGUUGCAGGCCGAGACGCUCGCUGCAUUGAGGAAUGAGGAGUUUUUGGGCCGGGUUGUAAACGGUCCGGUAUAUACCAUUGGGCCGCUCAUUAGACCGGUCAGACCAGCCGGAUUGGCGAAGGAGCUGCUGGAAUGGCUGGAUAAGCAGCCGAACGAGUCGGUGAUGUUCGUCUCAUUUGGCAGUGGAGGGACUAUGUCGGCCGAGCAGCUGGUCGAGCUGGCUUGGGGAUUGGAGCUGAGCCAACAAAGGUUUAUGUGGGUACUUCGGAAACCAAUUGCUAAAUCUCUUGAUGGAUCGUUCUUUGAUAUGGGCAAGGGAUGCGGUGGCGAUGAGCUUUUGAGCUUUUUGCCAGAUGGAUUCAUGGAAUGUACUAGAGAUGUUGGAUUGGUAGUCCCAUCGUGGGCCCCACAAGUGGACAUCUUGAGCCAUCCAUCUAUGGGUGGCUUCCUAUCUCAUUGUGGAUGGAACUCAACCCUAGAGAGCAUAGUGAACGGAGUACCCAUGAUCGCUUGGCCACUGUAUGCCGAGCAACGGCUAAACGCGACACUCCUUGCAGAGGAGAUUGGGGUGGCGAUUCGGCCAAAGGAGUUGCCGUCAAAGAAGAUUGUGAGGAGAGAGGAGAUAGAGAAGUUGGUGAGGACAAUAAUGGUGGAGAAAGAAGGGCACAUGAUAAGAGCUCGAGUCAAAGAGCUCAAGAGCAGUGCAAAAAAGGCUAUGACCAAAGGGGGUACUUCUUAUGAGUCCCUACAUAAAAUGAAGGAAGAUUGUAAAAUGAGAAUUCACCGGAUUAAGAAAGCUCCCUAGGUAGUUGCAUUUAUGCAUAACAGCAGUAGAAUGGAAAUGAUAAUGCAGAUUCACAGUACAAUGCUUGAAUUGGCAAAGAUUUGGUUGAAAUGUAUUGAUGAUGUAGGACUCCUCCCUGUUCAUGUAUUCAAUACUGAGGAGGCAUCGCUUUC